AUCUCGUUUGCUUUCACUAUAGCAUUCGGAGGAAUGUUUACCAAAAUGUGGAGGAUCUAUCAUAUCAUCAUCAACAAACGAACCAUCAGGAAGGUGAUAAAGGAUCGACAUCUGGUUGGCAUCAUUGUGGUGCUUUUAAUCAUUGACCUUAUCAUUCUGGGCUCCAAGGAGAUCGCUGAUCCUUAUCACGUGAUUGAUGAGCUGAUCGAGCAACCACGGACCCAGAAAGACCGUGAAAAUUUCGUACUGUACAUCCAUGUUUACCGACGAUGUUCUACCAAGUUCAAUACAAUUUGGACUAUCAUCUUGGGUGUAUACAAGAGUUUCCUCAUGGUGUUUGGGGCAUUCUUGUCUUUCCAGACGAGGACAAUUAGCGUUCCUGGACUGAAUGACAGUUACUAUGUUGGGCUAUCUAUAUACAAUGCUUGCCUGUGUUGCGCUGUGGCUGUUCCCUUGUCACUCUUCAACGUAAACUCCCUCAACGUGACCUACGCCGUUACCUCUGGGUUCAUCAUCUUUUGUGCGACAACUAUUCUCUGUACACUUUUCCUUCCCAAGAUAUCCGCCCUCUAUCGGCAGCAUCAUGAAGUAGGUAACAUCCAACGAUUCGGCGGUCUGAACACAACACACUCGAUGCCAGGAACAUCAGGUGUGACAACUGUUAAAAUGAUGGGACGAGAACCAACUCAACUAGGUGAACAUAAUGUCAUCAAUAAGAAAGCCUGAAUUA